AUGGCUGAAGAGAAGGUGAACAAGAAAAAGCAGAAGGCAUUGGCCUUCCGUAAGUCCAAAGAGGAAAGGGAACAGGAGAAGGCAGCAAAAGCUGAGCAGAAAAUAAAAGCCGAACAGGAGACCAAAACCACCACAGAGAAGAGAAAGGCCGAAGACGAAAGCGAGGCUGGUCAAGAUGGAGAAGAGCCAGCGAAAAAGAAGAGGAAAACCAGAAGAGGGAAAAAAGGCAAAGGUGUUAACGGCGGCAAGGGUCCGCGGUUUAUUCUUUUCGUGGGAAAUCUUCCGUUUGAUAUCCAACAGGCAGAAUUGGUGGCACAUUUCAAGAAUGCCAAUCCUGACCGGAUCAGGUUGAGAAAGGAAAAGGGAAUCGCCUUCUUGGAGUUUGACAACGACAACAAAGAGAUCCAGAGGAAAAUGGACCUUGCCCUUAGACUACACCACUCGGUGAUCCGCAAGAGAAAAAUCAAUGUUGAGCUCACUGUCGGUGGUGGAGGAAACUCGGAAAAUAGGCAACAGAAACUCAAGGAGAAAAAUGAUAAGCUAGAGGAGGAGAGACGGGAGCGGAAGAAGAAGGAGGACGCCCAGAAGAAAAAGGACGAGCCAGCACCAACAGGAGGUAUGCAUCCGGCAAGAGCCGCUUUAUUAAAGAAAGACUGA